AUCCAGAGCUCGUCAUUGACCCCGUUUACAGUUGACACAAAAGUCCUCGACCGCCCUCACUCUUCUUGAUCAUAACAUCUCAUGACCUCCCCACACUAACAGGGUCCGACGUCUGGUUGUUCUGAUCUAUCACACCUAAAUCGGAACUCACACCACGAUGCCUUCCCUCCAACGGUCGGGGUCGUGGACCACACCUGGGCCUGGCAGCGGAUCAGGAGAAGAGGUCUACCGCACACUCAGCAAUGCUAUCUCGCGAACAUUCAGCGGGAAGAAAUCUGAGUAUGAAGACCCGAUGGAAAGCGAUGAAUCCAUCAGCAAAGCCAAAGACUGGAAACUUAUGGAGGAGGUGAAGGCUGUAGCUCAGCAAACACAAGCUGAUGGAGGCAAAGCACGAAAGCUCGGUGUCACUUGGAAGGAUCUGACUGUGAAGGGCAUUGGUGCCGAUGCUGCUUUCAACGAAAACGCCAUCUCGCAAUUCAACAUUCCAAGACUCAUCAAGGAAAGCCGGCAAAAACCGCCGCUCAAGACCAUCAUCGAUGACAGCCACGGAUGUGUCAAGCCUGGAGAAAUGCUCCUCGUCCUUGGUCGCCCAGGUGCCGGCUGCACCUCAUUACUCAAGAUGCUUGCCAACAAGAGGCUCGGGUAUGCAGAGGUCACCGGCGAUGUCAAAUUCGGGUCGAUGGAUGCGAAAGAGGCAGAGCAGUAUCGUGGUCAGAUCGUCAUGAACACUGAAGAAGAACUAUUCUUCCCUACCUUGACUGUCGGCCAGACGAUGGACUUCGCUACUCGAAUGAAGAUCCCGAACCAUCUGCCUUCGAACGUAAAGACAACCGAAGAGUUCCAACAAAUUACGAGAGACUUCUUCCUCAGGUCGAUGGGCAUCGAACACACACACGAGACCAAGGUUGGAAAUGAAUAUGUACGCGGUGUUUCCGGUGGUGAGCGCAAGAGAGUCUCCAUUAUUGAGACCAUGGCCUCUCGUGGCUCAGUAUUCUGCUGGGAUAACAGCACACGAGGUCUCGAUGCUUCGACAGCGCUCGAGUACACCCGCUGCAUCCGAGCGAUGACGGAUGUAAUGGGGCUGAGCUCUAUUGUUACACUCUACCAAGCCGGCAACGGCAUCUACGAACUCUUCGACAAGGUGCUUGUUCUUGAUGAAGGCAAGCAAAUAUUCUAUGGGCCUAUGGCACAAGCGAAGCCCUUUAUGGAGGAUCUGGGAUUCCAGUACACCGAAGGAGCCAACGUCGCUGACUACCUCACUGGUGUCACCGUGCCGACGGAGCGAAAGAUCAGACCUGGUUUCGAAGAUCGCUUCCCUCGCACCGCGGACGAGAUCCGCGCUGAGUAUGAGAGAACGUCGAUCAAAUUUCUCAUGGAGAAAGAGUAUGAUUAUCCGACCACGUCUGACGCCAUCUCGAACACAGCAGAUUUCAAAGAAGGCGUCCAGCACGAUAAAGCACCUAGUCUGCCGAAGAAGUCACCUUUGACGGUCGACCUGUACACGCAAACGAAGGCUGCGGUCAUCCGGCAGUACCAACUCAUCUGGGGUGAUAAGGCAACAUUCGUGAUCAAACAAGGUUCUACGAUCGUGCAGGCCCUCAUUGCUGGAUCCCUCUUCUACGACUCCCCCAACACCUCCGGCGGCCUCUUCUCCAAGGGUGGUGCUAUCUUCUUCUCCCUGCUGUACAUGUCUCUCAUCGCUAUGUCGGAAGUCACGGACUCCUUCGCUGCUCGUCCGGUCCUUGCUAAGCAUCGCAGCUUCGCAUUCUAUCAUCCCGCAGCGUUUUGCUUCGCACAGAUUGCAGCGGAUAUACCAAUCAUCUUCUUCCAGGUCACCGUCUUUGCUCUGCCAUUGUAUUUCAUGGUGGGGCUGAAAGAGACCGCGGGUGCGUUCUUCAGCUACUGGGUCAUCCUCUUCGCUUCUGCCAUAUGCAUGACUGCAUUCUUCCGCUGGCUAGGCGCGGCUUUCGAAACAUUCGACGAUGCAUCGAAAGUGUCUGGAUUUGCGGUCAGUGCACUGAUCAUGUACGCUGGAUACUUGAUUGCGAAGCCAGAUAUGCACCCGUGGUUCGUCUGGAUUUACUGGAUCAACCCACUGGCAUACGGCUUCGAGGCUUUAUUCGGCGUUGAGUUCAAAGACACCAUCAUUCCCUGUACAGGCCCCAAUUUGGUUCCUCUUGGACCCAACUACACGGACUCUAGCUUCCAAGCUUGUACCGGUGUCAGAGGCGCUGAGGUCGGAGCCGCUUUCGUCACUGGCGAACAGUAUCUCGAGGGCCUGUCUUAUUCAUCCUCUCGCAUCUGGCGCAACUUUGGCAUCAUCUGGGCAUGGUGGGUCCUGUUUGUCGCUUGCACUGUCUACUGCACAUCGCGAUGGUCCAUGGCUUCUGGCAACUCCGGCUUCCUGGUCAUCCCACGUGAGAAGCAGAAGGCUGCCAUGCACUUGGUCAGCGACGAAGAGAACUUGCCAGAGAAGACCCGUGCUCGCGAUGCGGAGAAGAGCUCCCAGGAUGGUAACGUCGAAGACCAGCUUAUCCGCAACACCUCUGUGUUCACAUGGAAGAACCUCACAUACACGGUACAGACACCUUCGGGUCCUCGUGUGCUUCUCGACGAUGUACAGGGCUGGGUCAAGCCAGGCAUGCUGGGUGCUCUGAUGGGCUCCUCCGGAGCAGGCAAAACCACUCUCCUCGACGUCCUCGCUCAACGCAAGACAGAAGGUACAAUCAAGGGUAGCAUCCUGGUCGACGGCCGCGAACUCCCAAUCUCGUUCCAACGCUCGGCUGGGUACUGCGAACAGCUCGAUAUCCACGAGCCUCUUGCCACUGUCCGUGAAGCGCUUGAGUUUUCUGCACUUCUUCGACAAAGCCGCGAGACUCCUCGCGAGGAGAAGCUCAAGUAUGUGGACACCAUUAUCGACUUGCUGGAGAUGCACGACAUCGAGAACACGAUCAUCGGCACUAGCCGCGCAGGUCUUUCUGUCGAGCAGCGCAAGCGUCUCACUAUUGGUGUCGAACUUGUUUCCAAGCCAAGUAUCCUGAUCUUCCUCGACGAGCCCACUUCCGGUUUGGACGGUCAAGCUGCAUUCAAUAUUGUCCGCUUCCUUCGCAAACUCGCCGAUGUUGGUCAAGCUGUUCUCGUCACCAUCCAUCAACCUUCCGCUGCCCUCUUCGCUCAAUUCGAUACAUUGUUGCUCCUCGCCAAGGGAGGCAAGACCGUCUACUUUGGUGAUAUCGGAGACAACGGCGCUACCAUCAAGGAGUACUUCGGUCGCUACGAUGCACCCUGCCCACCCAACGCCAACCCUGCUGAGCACAUGAUUGACGUAGUUUCUGGGACACUGAGCAAAGGCAAAGACUGGAACCAAGUGUGGCUGAACAGCCCAGAGUACAAGAACAUGACCACCGAGCUCGACCACAUCAUCCAAGACGCAGCCUCCAAACCACCGGGAACUGUCGACGACGGCCACGAAUUCGCCAUGCCAAUCUGGGACCAAAUGAAGCUCGUCACGCAACGCAUGAACACCGCACUCUUCCGCAACAACGAGUACACGAACAACAAAUUCGCGCUACACAUCGGCAGUGCGCUCUUCAACGGCUUCACAUUCUGGCAAAUCGGCGACAGCGUCACAGACUUGCAAUUGGCCUUGUUCACCAUCUUCAACUUCGUCUUCGUCGCACCAGGUGUCAUGGCCCAGCUGCAACCACUCUUCCUCGAACGUCGUGACAUCUACGAAGCAAGAGAAAAGAAGAGCAAAAUGUACCACUGGUCCGCCUUCGUCACUGGCCUCAUCGUCAGCGAGAUCCCAUACCUCAUCAUCUGUGCCAUCCUCUACUACGUCUGCUGGUACUACACCGUAGGCUUCCCCGGCGACAGCAACAAAGCCGGAGCAGUAUUCUUCGUCAUGUUGAUGUACGAGUUCAUCUAUACCGGUAUCGGCCAAUUCGUAGCAGCCUACGCCCCCAACGCCGUCUUCGCCGCCCUGACCAACCCCCUCAUCAUCGGAGUCCUCGUCUCCUUCUGCGGCGUCCUCCUCCCCUACAGCCAAAUCCAACCCUUCUGGCGAUACUGGAUGUACUACCUCAACCCCUUCAACUACCUCAUGGGUUCCAUGCUGGUUUUCACCCUCUUCGACGCCGAAGUGCAAUGCAACGAAGACCAGUUCGCCGUCUUCGAUACACCCAAUGGUGAAACUUGCGCGAGCUAUUUGUCUGAAUACCUCCAAGGACCUGGAAGUAGGACGAAUUUGGUUAAUCCGGAUGAUACGAGUGGAUGUCGGGUUUGUCAGUAUGGAAGGGGGUCGGAUUACCUUCAUACGUUGAAUUUGAAUGAUUAUUAUUAUGGAUGGAGGGAUGCGGGGAUUGUGGCGUUGUUUGCGUUUAGUUCGUAUGCGCUGGUUUAUGUUCUCAUGAAGUUGAGGACGAAGCAGUCGAAGAAGGCGGAAUAGAGAACACGGAAAGGACUCUGUGUGUUUGAGAGAUUUGGUAUUCUUUUUGGCGAUGAUAUCCUUGGGAAGCAUUGAAUCAUAUGCGCAGGCGUUUGGACUUAGAUGGGAAAGGGACUACAGAAGAAGGAUAGGAUAUGACAAGGAUGAAAGAUGGAAAGGUUUUGUAUAAUAAUUGACCCAGUCACUCUCUAACAUCGACAGAGUUGGGUAUGAACCUCCAACAAUAAUACAAAGGUACAAAUAGAUGUUCGAGCAGCUCUGUUUCUUUUCCUAUUUGACGUUUCUGCUGGUUCCAUAUCUGUAAAUGUCAGUAGGCGUGUGUGAAGGUGUUUGGCCAAAGAGUGUCACAUCUAUGCGAGAGUCAGGAAUGCAAAGGCACAAGCUGACGCAUUCCUUCUGCACGGCAUCUGCAACAAGUCCGGCAGCGCACACGGAUUCUAAUGAGAUUUCGGACUCAUCGUCGUCGCGAAGUCCCGUGUGGACGCGCAGGCACUACGCCUUCAGCUUCCUGCGUCAAGCCGAGCGGCUACAGGCUGACUGGCGCUCCGGCUGACUCCUUUCGUGGAAAGAACGGCUUACCGAUGUAGAUGAAUGAGUCUGUGAAGAAGUGAAGUGUCCACUGGUACGAGUCAGACGCGUGUUGUGCAUAUUCGGAAAUUCCGUCAGGAAAGCGAGGGUGAUGAUCCGGCUGGAGCAGAACGUGGCCUUCGCAUGUCGUGCUUCCAACGUUGCCGUGCUGAAUCUGAAUCAGUUGUACCGGCUGGACCUGAGGACGUCGAAAAGGGUAGCUUUGGACGUUUUCAAUGCGCUUGUCUCGGUCGGCUGCGAUGUAGAGUGCCUUGGCAUGGUUGAGAGAGCUCGCAUGGCAAGGGUAUAGCAUCGUUUUAGGCAUUUACAAAGUGCAAGCUGCCGUUGUCGUCGUCGUGCAGGUGCGACGCAGUGGGCGCAGCUGUCGGACGCGUGCAGAAAGUCGGCCGUGCAGCCGGGCUAUUGACGCGACGACUUCUCAGCUCCAGCGAAGUGAAUUUUGCAUCGCGGUGUUGGAAGCCGUGAAUGUUC